AUGAUCAGAAGGGCCCCCACUACUCUGCAGCUCAGCCAGGACGAUGUGUCUUCCCUGGUCGAUGAUCUCAACGAGCAGAAACUCAAACAACAACUAAAUAUCGAAAAGAUGAAGUUCUUCCAAAGCAAAAACAGCAACUCUCUACGCUCCAACACGGACGUCCAAGACGUAUCACAGAACGUCGUCGACGACGACGAUGACAACGACGACGACGACGACGAUAUGGCUUCUUGCAACGACAAAACGGCCUCCGUUGCACACAACAGGAUCCUAUCCUCUCUGCAUCUGUCUACCGACAACAAUACCGCCCACGAAACGUCGAACACAAACGACAACCCCUUCUACAUCCGCGAGGAAUAA